GGAGAUGUUUCCCUGAAAAAGCGGUAUCACCACACAGAGCAAGCAUGGCGUUUGCCCAGUCACACAUUAUGACAGCUAGGAGGCAUCAACACAGUAGACUAAUAAUUGAAGUUGAUGAGUACAGCUCAAACCCAACACAGGCGUUCACGUUCUACAACAUUAACCAGGGACGUUUCCAGCCCCCGCAUGUGCAAAUGGUGGAUCCUGUUCCACAUGAUGCUCCUAAGCCUCCAGGAUACACACGUUUUGUCUGCGUAUCUGAUACUCACUCCAGAACAGAUCCAAUCCAAAUGCCAUAUGGUGAUGUUUUAAUACAUGCUGGUGAUUUCACUGAACUGGGACUUCCAAGUGAAGUUAAAAAAUUCAAUGAAUGGUUAGGCAGCCUACCAUAUGAAUACAAGAUUGUGAUAGCAGGCAAUCAUGAACUGACAUUUGACCAAGAGUUCAUGGCGGACUUAAUCAAGCAGGACUUUUACUAUUUUCCCUCGGUAUCCAAGCUGAAGCCAGAAAGCUACGAAAAUGUACAGUCUCUCUUAACAAAUUGCAUAUACCUGCAAGAUUCAGAAGUGACCGUGAGGGGCUUCAGGAUAUAUGGCUCUCCUUGGCAACCUUGGUUUUAUGGCUGGGGCUUUAAUCUUCCGCGAGGCCAAGCACUUUUAGAGAAAUGGAACCUAAUUCCAGAUGGAAUAGAUAUUCUUAUAACACAUGGACCACCUCUUGGUUUCUUAGAUUGGGUUCCUAAGAAAAUGCAAAGAGUAGGGUGUGUUGAGCUGCUGAAUACAGUCCAGAGACGAAUACAGCCACGUCUUCAUGUUUUUGGACACAUCCAUGAAGGUUAUGGAGUUAUGGCUGAUGGAACUACUACCUAUGUGAAUGCUUCUGUGUGUACGGUGAAUUACCAACCACUCAAUCCACCCAUAGUUAUCGAUUUGCCUACUCCAAGGAACACAUGAUUAUUAUUGGCAGAACAAUGAAGCCUGAAACCUGCACACCACAUUAGCAGCUCCUCGUUGGUUGCCAAUGUGAAAACGAAGCAUACACUAAAUUAUGAAAACAUUUCUCUUCUUUAUGGAAAAACUGGAGAGGCAAAAAUGGACAGACAUCAGAGGUAUUUGGUAUCACAGCCUUACAGAAAUAC